AGGUUGAACGGAAGCUGCGGCUGCUUCCGGCGACCGGCCUGAGGUAAGGCGAUGGCCAAACAUCACCCGGAUUUGAUCUUCUGUCGCAAACAGGCCGGUGUCGCCAUCGGGAGGCUGUGUGAAAAAUGUGAUGGGAAGUGUGUGAUCUGUGACUCCUAUGUCCGUCCCUGCACUUUGGUCCGGAUAUGUGAUGAGUGUAACUAUGGCUCCUACCAGGGACGUUGUGUGAUCUGUGGGGGGCCCGGAGUGUCUGAUGCCUAUUACUGCAAGGAGUGUACCAUCCAGGAGAAAGACCGAGAUGGUUGUCCAAAGAUUGUCAACCUGGGAAGUUCCAAGACUGAUCUUUUCUAUGAACGGAAGAAAUACGGCUUUAAGAAGAGGUGAUUGGCUUGACCCUCCUUACCCCACCGCCAUGCUGCUGCCCCGGCUCGAGAAGACACCCUCACCACCCUCAUCCCCGUGGAAAGGGGGAAAGGACCCAAAGAUCACCAGAUUUGCCAGUGCCUACCUCCGCCUCUCCACCUCCACCCCUGUCCCGGUGCCCAGAGAUGUGGCAGAGCAAAGGGACGGUAUUAGAGGGAACAACUAGAAAUGGGCCCUCAGCUAGGCCUCUUCCUACAUGAGAGAAGCUGGGGGGCGGUCCCCUCUCUGCAGUGCCAUCUCUGCACCAAUGGACGGGUUCUGCAAGGCUGGCUAGUGUCACGUUAGUCCAGUCUGGGGAGUUGCCCGGGGAACUCCAGCAGCAGCAGAGGGAGGAAUGUGGUCUCGCAGUCAGCUCCUUAAAAAUCCCCCUCCGUAGCGCUAGCAGCAUUUUAGGUGGGCCGGGAGAGGCGCCGGCUGCUGAUGUGUCCGAGCGUUCCUCUGGGGUUAUGGCCAUCACGUUCUCCUUUUCUCCUGAUGUCCUAUUCAUGGAAGAACGAUCCAGGAUCUUCUCUGUAGCUUUAGCCGGUGUUAAUAAAGUUGGUGUUUUCUUUUCUA